AUGUGUAGCUGGCGGGACAGAAAGCCGGUUAGAAGUCCUAAUGCCCAAAAAAUAGCUGAUCGACGAAUCGGUCGUAAAAUGUUCUUUGAAGGUCCACUGCUGGCUGAAAACCACGAGCCACAAGGCGAGGCCUUGUCCGCUCUGAGAACCGUCGGAGGCGAGUCUCGACUUUAUAGACCACUUGGGGGUAAUGGGAGCGGCACCGGGAGGAAGGGCAAAUCCCGUGAUGUAGAGGUGCGCUCGGCGCCUCUGACUCGGCUGACAUGUGAUUGCCACUCGGGUAUUUUGCGACCUCUCGGUAAGAAGAUGGCUGGAGGCCAUUGGAGGGAGAUUGGAGUCAGGAGCCCUCGAUCAGCAGCGUCUUGUCUACGUCAGCGCGCCUCGCGGCUUCGCGCCUUGCGCCACCUUGUGACCGGCCCGCCGCCGCCCGCAGCGCCCAGCCCAGCGCCUCGCCGCCUUGCGCCCGGCCGCUGCCCGCCCACGCCGCCACCAUGGCCUUGCCCGGCCAACCGCCCGCCCGCCCACCUCGGCUCAUGUGACCCGGCCGCCCAAUGGCGCCUACGCGCCUUGACCGCCAGCGCCGCGCGUCCAGUAGCAUACCUUAACGUCAGUAGCGCCGCCUCUACCCGUCCAGCGCCCCGCGCCCAGCGCCAAAUCCUCGGCCCUCGAGGCGGUGGUAGCGGCAGCAGCGUGGUAGCGGCGCCAGAGCCAGCCAGCGGCGUGAAGUGGCCCAGCGGCAAGCCUUACAACAGCCGGCGGAUCGGCGGCGCGGGAAGGGCCGGUUUAAAGCUCGCUUCUGAUCUGGUAUUGGGAUUGAAAAGAUUAAAAUGA